AUCACCGGUGCGCUGUGUCCCUCGGACACAGCGGAUCACGGAAAGAGCCGAAGAUGUUGGCUCGGUCAUGUGAUCAGCUGUGUCCAAUCACAGCUGAUCACAUGGGACAUGUACACUGAUCAUCAGGGCACUGAUGAUCAGUGUGCCCUGAUGAUCAGUGUGGCCCCAGAAGUGCCACCUGUCAGUACUCAUCAGUGCCACGUGCCAGUGCCGCGUAUCAGUGCCACAUAUCAAUGCCACAUAUCAGUGCCCAUCUGAGCUUCCUUUCAAUGUCACCCAUCAGUGCCGCCUAUCAGUGCCCAUCUGAGCUUCCUUUCAAUAUCGCCUAUCAGUGCCGCCUAUCAGUGCCGCCUAUCAGUGCACAUCAAUGCCACAUAUCAGUGCCCAUCUGAG